CAGGUGAACACGCCGUAGUGCUUCCCACUGGACUUGUCCCCACACACCACACAGUCCACCACGCAGGCCUUGUCCUCGUCCCCGACGUCCACGUCGCUGCUGCCGGCCUGGGGCGAUCCGUCCUCUUCCUCCCUCUUCAGAGAAGGAGGUGGACAGCUCCUCACUUCCCAUGUUUCUCAGCUCAGACGAUGGACUGUCGGGCUGCUGACUGUCACUGACCUCUUCUGAUGAGAGGGGGAAAAAGCUCUCCUCCUGGUGACUGUGCAAGAUGCCUCUGAGAGGAGAGUCGUGUUUCUCCAGAUCCAGGAUGUCCCCCUGAUAAAGUUCCUUCGUAACCUCUUGAACCAUGGAGACCCCAGAGCCCGGGCCAGCGGAUGGAGAGGAGCGUCUGGUGGAGCUGCGACCUCGGACACGCUCCAACCCUGAAGGGGCUGAGGACCGCCGCAGCAGCACCGGCAGCCUGGGCGGCAACAACAACAACAACCCGAACAUUUCCCAGCCUGCGGUGGGCAGCCGCGUGGAGGGGGAGGGCGAGGCGUCGACCAGCGACAGUCCUCCCAGUUCGACCACAACCACCGUCUCAACAGCCGUCGCUCAGACCGUGGUUCCUCCUGCGGCUGCAGUUGCGGCUGCGGCCGGAGCCGCGGCGCCUCUGACCACCGCAGCUGUUGCAAUCAAAGAGAGGCCGAAGCCCCCCCAGCAGCAGCAGCAGCCCACGCUCACAGCCUCCGUCCCUCCGCCUGCAGAGUACCAGCUCCGUGUUCCCCGUGUCAACUGCCCAGAGAAAGUGAUUAUCUGCUUAGACCUUUCUGAAGAGAUGUCAUUGCCGAAGCUUGAAUCUUUUAAUGGGUCUAAAACAAAUGCCCUGAACAUCUGUCAGAAGAUGAUCGAGAUGUUUGUCAGAACCAAACACAAGAUCGACAAAAGACACGAGUUUGCCCUGGUUGUAGUCAAUGAUGACGCCCUAUGGCUGUCAGGCUUCACGUCUGACCCCAGGGAGCUGUGCAGCUGUCUCUACGAUCUGGAGACUAACAUGUGCGAGACCUUCAACCUGGAAGAUCUUCUCAGUGUGAUCCGCCAGAAGAUCGAGCUUCCGUUGAUGGAGAAUGUUCAGACCAUCCCGCCGCCGUACGUGGUGCGGACCGUGCUCAUCUACAGCCGACAAGCGGGACAGCUUCAGUUCAACCCUUCUGAGGCCGUGAGUAAAAUGCUGCAGUCUCCAUAUUUUUUCUUUGAUGUGGUUUAUCUGCACAACGGGGUGGAGGAGCAGGGCGAGGAGACCAGCUGGAGGGACAACUACACCUCUUUCUGCAACCUGGACUCGAAGGGCGUGUGCUAUCACUUUGAGGUUUCCCUGAGCGGAGCGGCCAUCGAGCUGCACAACUGCAUGGCCAAGCUUCUGGCUCACCCCUUACAGAGACCCUUCCAGAGUCAUGCGUCCUACAGUCUGCUUGAGGGGGACGACCCCCAGGACAUUGAGGCAACAGUCUGAAAAACGGGACGCACUCACAAAGCACUGCUUCCCUGUGAAAUGUACACACUGUAGUUCAACAGAAAAGAGCCUGGGGAGGGUUUCCAAGUACAAGUCAUUACUGAGGGUUGUUUCCCAUUUCCUGUGACAGAGCAACAAUUCUAAAGAAGGUGACUAUCAACACUAUAAUGGUGUCACAGUAAAUGAGUCAUUUAUUGUUCUACAUGGGGAAAUGAUAAAACAGUCUUGUUGUUAGCGGGAAAAAAAUCAUAGUUCUCUGAAGGUGAAUGAUGAAGAGGAUGUCAGAGACUCCAGGAGAUGGACACAAGUAAAAAGAGAAGAUUAGGAAAGAAUAAAUACAAUAGAAGCAUAAAACUUUCUCAAACAUACUCCCUUACUGUUUCUUUUUCGAGUUAUGAUGAACUGAAUCAUGGAGGCUUCAGUUAUAUUUCCUUCCCCUUUUUUUCCAACUUUUGUUGCCUUUUUUAAAAUCUAUUUUUAUUUUAUUUUAUAAGGGGUUGUUUUUAAUCACGUGUCACUCCUGUAUGUUACACAGACAGUGAAAGUAUGUACAGUAAUAUAAAUGUGGCCUCGUUUGAUUUAGAUUUUUCCCUUGAACUGGGCAGAUGGUGAAAAGGCCUCUGGCACAGUCUGUCUAGCUGCACUUGUAACACGUUGUAUAGAUGAGCUUUUUGAAGCUGUUCCUGGAUAUUAAACAAACAUAUGUGUUGAAUCAGA